AGCGCGGCCAAAGAGCGUACAAACUCGAGCAUUGUUUGUCAAUUGUCGAGCAUUAGGCGAAAAGUGGUAAGCAACGAGGAUGCGGGUCGAAAGACGAAAGAGGGAAGGAGAUAGGUAAAGGAAAGGACGAUUAAGAGCGGUAAAGAGCGAUUCGGGCACAGCGGGCCGAGGCCUCGGCGAAGAAACACGGUUUAGUCGACGAGCAUGAUUUCCAUCAGCGGAAGCGUUCGCCUGCUGCUCCUGCUCUUGACGACCACCGUCGAGGCUAAAUCGCGGACGGAAACGUCUCGCGAUUGCGCGUCUUCCGAUUCGAAUUCGAAACGAUCGGGCGCAACCGAAGGCGCCGGGUUCCCUGCGUCGAUCCUCGAGGAACUCGAGAGCCGUUUGUCUCGUCUCGAGAGAAGACUCAGGGCGAUAGAGCAACCCGGUAAGCAUCACCAGUAUUACAUAACGUGUACGUAUUCGCGAAAUACGACGGAUAUCGCGUUUAUAGUUUGGCAGAUGGGCUCCGCCGAAGAGGACUGGGAGAUAUGCGCGGAAGGGCCGUGCAGGUGUCAGCCGGAAACGAAGUCGAUAUCCUGUUGGAGACAAGAUUUGCUGGACCUUCCUGCGGCCCAGCUCGUUCCCAGAGACGUCUUGAAAUUGGAUCUAGGAGGAAAUCGGUUGACGGCGCUUCACAAGGACACGUUUCUAGACAUGACGCGAUUGAAUCAUCUAGAUCUCAGCGACAAUUCGAUCGAACAUCUGCCUUUGAACUUGUUCUUCUCGCUGCACGCGGUCACGCAUGUCAGGUUGAGCAAAAACCUGCUCAGGGAGUUGCAUCGCUCUCAGUUUUUCAUCACGAGAAAUCUUCGCAUCCUCGACGCGUCGUCUAACAGGUUGCGAACACUGCCGGAUAGUCUUUUCCUCAGCACAACUUCGUUAGUGUUGCUUGAUCUUUCUUGCAAUCGGAUCUCGAGCUUGGCACCAGGUACCUUCCGAGGUCUGACCGCCCUCGAGGAAUUGUUGCUGGGAAAGAAUCGACUGUCGAGCAUAUCAGCGGACAUGUUCAGCGACCUGACGAGCCUCAAGUACCUCGGUCUGGAAGAGAAUCGUCUGAGGGAAUUGCCGGACGGAUUGUUUAACGCGCAAACGUCGCUUCGCGAGUUGAACGCGAGAGGCAAUCAGUUGACCGUGAUAUCUGGAAGUCUGCUGAGUCCCCUCGAACAAUUACGCUCUCUCGAGAUGUCCAACAACAAAAUAGCUCGGAUCGAUCCAAAAGCGUUUGGAGGACUGGUCGCGUUGAAGGAGCUGCAACUGGGACACAAUCGGAUAGGAAACUUGACGCCUGGAAUGUUUUCGACGUCGAGUAGCUUGGAACGAUUGGUAUUGUACGCGAACGGCAUCGAGAGUUUGUCGCGUGGCGCGUUUCACGGCCUCUCCAACCUGACGUCUCUGUUUUUACACUCGAAUCGCUUGAGAAUAAUGCACCCCGAGUUGUUUCAGGACACGCCGAACCUGCGGAAACUGCAGCUGGAAUCGAACUACCUGACGUCGUUGCCGGCUCGGAUACUGGACCCGGUGCCACACAUCGAGCAGCUUCGUCUGGCUCGAAAUCCCUGGCAUUGCGACUGCGCGACCGCUUACCUAGCCGUGUGGUUGCAAAAGAGGUACCUGGCUAGGCUAAACGAAACCGACUCGACCAGGCCGAAGGAUAAUUUCGAAAUUUGGGAAUUUGGCUCCGGAGCGAUCUGCAGGGGUCCCGGCACCCUGGGUGGGAAGCUAUUGUUGCGUUUGACUUUUCACGAACUUUGCGAGGGUCAAUGGGCCUCGAUGAGAGGGCUGGUCCCUCGGUUGCCAGUCGAGCUGGUCGUUUCUGGCGGUCGCGUCACCACGGACGCCCCUUCCUCGAAACAACCCGUCUCGGUACGUAAGCUACCAUUUUUCUGUCCGUUUCUACAAUGUUGCUGACAAAUAUAAUGAUGAGUCGAUUUUUCAUCGCGUCCGGCACUCGUUUCGCGUCGACAGGUCAAACGUCGGUGAACCGGAUAGGGGAAGGCUAUCGCGGUCGAACGC